UACUCUUAAUGGUACUUCUUUUCGAUGGGAUAAAGACUUUUUCGACCCUGAUUAUAAGUUCAGUCGAACUAUUAAUCAGACUAUUCAUGUUGCUUCUGUUCUUAAUUGGGAUGGUUAUGGAAAGGAUACUAUUUCCCUUGACGACCUUAAUUCUGGUCUUAAUAAUCUUUCUUUUAAUGAUGUUUCUUCAGGAGAAAGAGAAGAUCAUAUUAAUACUCAAUUUUAUUCUGAUAGUUCUUCUGAUGAUUAUGGUGUUGAUGAUGUUGAUUGUUGUUAUAGUGAUUAUGAUGAUUAUUAUUUUGAUGAUUGA